UUGUAGGACCGGGAAGCGGCGAGCACGGAUCAAAAGAACCUGGUAGAGCUCGCUGAUAACCAGAAGCAUCAUUUGAGAUGUUUGUUCUCGUAGUUUUGCUGUUUUUGGUUUCCCGAAAUCAACUUGACGCCAAAGUAUGUCAUUCUCCGAAGUGUGUUAAGUCCAGUGAAUACAUUCUGAGUAAGAUGGAUCUCUCUGCUGAUCCAUGUGAAGACUUCUACCAGUACACGUGUGGGAACUGGAUUAACGUGACAGACAUACCAAAGGACAAAGAAAAGUCCAUGUACAAUACUCUACAAUACAUAUAUGACAGAAACGUUGAAAAAAUGAAAGCAAUAUUGGAUGAAGGCGACACGUAUCUCAAUGGAACACAUUCGGUAGCCUUAGAGAAACUUCAUAAUUUUUACCUACUCUGUAUAACUGAAAAAACAAAGGACAACAAGGGGGUAGAGGAGGUGGUGCAGUUUAUUUUGGACAUGUUCUCGUGGAAUGUGACUUCAUCGUUUGGUGUCACGUGGUCUGAGAAAUCAUGGGAUUUCCAAACUGCCCUUACAGUCAACCAUGCCUAUGAAUUUUCGGCUUUCUUUUUGAGCUCCAUUGAUUAUGAUAGCAGUACCGUGAAGUUUAUACCAAGCGAAACUGAUUCCCAGUUAGCUGAAGGAAGAAAAGCCAGACUUUUGAAAUUCGGCCUCAAAGUAGGAGAGCUACUCGGCGGCAAAGAAGCAUCGGUCGCAGAGGAAAUGACCAAGAUCUAUUACCUUCAAGUCAAAUUGUCUAAUUUAUCUGAAAGUAACAACAAUAAGUCGGUUUCGGAGACAAUGAAUUUAGCAUCAUUUCAGACAUUGAUUGGGAACAUGCUAAAUGUUACCAACUACCUGAAAGACCGAUUUGGCGAUUUCAGCAUCAAUGAUUUCCAAAUAAAUGUUACGAAUAAGGACUACUUCGGGAAGCUGCAUUCCAUCAUAUCAAUGAGCCCCAAGAGCACACUAGCCAACUAUAUUGUGUGGAACGCGUUGUUGAACCACAUCGAAUACCUUCCACCAAUAUUUCUGCAAGCCUACGACAAGUUUUAUCUAGAUGAUGACCAAGAAAAGCUUUUGAAAAAUACAUCCCGUAAAGACUAUUGCUUCAACCUGUUUCAUCGUAAUGGAGUCCUAGCCAUUGCUUUGUAUGCUCUGUUCAUAGACAAGUCACCCUUCAGCAAGGAAAGCAGGAAUGAGAUCUACACGAUAGUCAGAGAGGUGCGAAAUGGUUUUCAACGUGAGGUGGCUGAGUUACCCUGGUUAGAUGAGGACACAAAGGAAUGGGUGAUAGAAAAGGCUUCGGACAUUGAAACUAAUAUAGGAUAUGUAGACUGGGUCGACGACGCCACAUUGCUGGACGAACUGUUUGAGGAUAUAGCGAUCAUUCCCGGACAAUUUCUACAGAGCUCUCUGGAAGUUAGAAUGGUCACAAAAGGACAAUCACUCGGGGUUAGAGAUGACUGGAGACUCAUGGCACUCUUUGCACUUGGCAACUUUCUUGUUCCUAAUGCAUUCUACUAUCAAAACGUAAACGAGUUUUUCAUUACUGCCGGGUUAUUACAGAAACCAGCCUUUACAAAGGAAUUUCCUAUGUCUUUCAACUUUGGAUCAAUUGGAUUUUCCACAGGUCAUGAAAUUACCCACGGCUUCGAUAAUUCUGGGAUUCUUAUGGACAAGAAUGGCACUCCGUCCUUGUGGUGGAAAAACCAAACAGCGUACACAUAUUUUAAUGAACAGAGAAACUGUCUGGUACAACAAUACUCCAAUUACUCCGUCGGAUUCAACUCCACGAUUGCCGGGAACAUUUCCAAAAUCCAGGGACAGAAUAUUGCAGAUAAUGGUGGAAUAUAUGCCGCUUACAAUGCUUUGAAGAAUUGGAAAAACUCACAGGAUAGUUCGAAGCUGACAGAAUUACCGGGUCUGUCCCUGUCUCAGGAGCAAAUGUUCUUCGUAGGAUUUGGUCAGGGCGAACAAAGAGACGGACAAAACUUCCACCCACUCUUGGGGAAUGGUAUUGAAAAUGUCAAAAAAUAGUAAUGGUUGGUAUAAUAGCAAUGUGAUAUGUUUCACUUCUUCUGGCCCUAAAAUCACUCCGUGGAAAUGUUAUUGAGAUAUUAAGAUAAAUAUAGUAAUAAUACAAAUACGACGAUCAGCCCCAAUGUUUGAUAUACAUAGUAUAUACUCUAUACUGUUGAAUCACAUUUCUCUUUCUUGACAUCGAAGCUUUGUUGUUUUUUAAUUUGUCACCUUCAUGUGUAUAUGAAUUGGCGGAUGAAGAGUUACAAUACAGUGGUUCAGUUUCCCUCGUUUCGUUGAGGAUUUUAAACAGUGGCUCUGUCCAUUUCACGAAUAAAAAAGCCCACAAAAUAUAUCCACUAAAAACUCUGACUCCAAAGCGUGAAUGAAACUCUUUUGGUAUUCAAUUGAAUAACCGAACAUUUGUAACCGAUUUUGUUUCACCCGAGUUCCGUAGUCUUGUGUUAAGAAACAGUUCAAAAUAAGGUUAUUUAUUUGAAAUAUUUGAGUGUUAUGGGGUUUAGAAAUCAUCAGAAUCAUGGAAGUACUCAUGUUUCCCAGACAAAAUGGUUCCGGGGGCAUUCUGCAGCUCCAGGUCCUUGUAGUUAUCUCAACAGGUCCACUAUGUUCUCCGUACCCCAUGCUUGUCGUAAGAGGCGACCUAAUAGGCGGCCCUUCGGAUAAGACCGCAAAAACCAAAGCCCCGUGUUACAGCAGGCGUGGCAAAAAAAAAUGCAUCUCCCUGCUCAAAGGCCGCAAGUGCCAAGCAUAGGCAAAAUUUUGCAGCCUUUCACCGACAAUGGUGACGUAUCUAUAUGAGUGAGAUAUUCACGAGUGGGACGUUAAACAAUAUACAACUAACCAACCAAUCCUAUGGAUGAAGGAUGUUGUCUCAUUUUGUGGAAUAUACUAUAUAUUGAUCUUUUUACAAAUUUGUUGUAGACGGAGGUACUCUACCCGAUGUCAGUAUUCACGGGAAUAUCAUCUACCUUUGAUUCUGUGUGUUGUGGCAAAGAUAUACUAGUAGAACUAAUAAUAGAAAUUUGAUAUACCUCACUUAUAA